AAGUCCUCUGAUAAAACUUAAAUAACAACGCUAAUGAUCAUGAUUUUAUUCAUGCUAAAUAGUAUUAGAGUUUAAAAUAAAUCGUAUCUAUUUAUCCCGGAACACUAGAUUUCCAAAAUAAUGUUUAGCAAGCGUCCGACUGACGUAGAUGAAGUGAAGAAAGCCAAAUCGAAAAUUUUUGUAAAGAAACGUCCUGACCUGAUGAAAUGACGAGAUCAGUUUAAAGAGUACCAUCUUUAAUUGAAUGGGAGAAUUUUCAACUCUCCUAUCCAUUCCUGGCCACUGCAGACAGAGUAUUUAAGAAAUUUGUUCCAUCAUUAAGUCCUUUUAAUGGUAAUAAAUUCAGCGAUGAAUAAGUUGCCAGACGGUUCACAACUUAUUGGCACCACAGCAACAGUUCAGUCAAUCGCCAUUCAGCAACCCAUGGCUGUCAGACAGCAGAUCCCAGCAACAAUCCCGGGAACUCCCACUCAGGCGGAGACUAAAGUCUUAGACAAGCGAAGACUGCAGGAGCUGGUCAAGGAAAUUGAUCCUAUGGAGCAGCUGGAUGAGGAUGUGGAAGAGGCAUUGCUGAAUAUAGCUGAUGACUUCAUUGAUAGCAUUGUGACAUCUGCAUGUCAAAUUGCCAAACACAGGAAGUCCAGUACUUUAGAGGUUAAAGAUGUUCAGCUUCAUUUAGAACGUAACUGGAAUAUGUGGAUUCCUGGAUUCGGAUUGGAUGAUCUCAAGCCGUACAAGAAGGCAGCAGCUACUGAGGCUCACAAACAGCGAAUGGCACUUAUCAGAAAAACUCUUAAAAAAUAUUAGGAGGCAGGGAUAGCAAGAUUUAUCUUGUACAAGUACUGGUUGUGUCUUGUGAAAAUUGAGAUUUUGGUGUUUUAAAAAUGAAAUCUCUGUACAAAAUUCAGGAAGAUUGACAUCGGAAACUCGGUGACAGAGGUAGAAACUGUUAUGCCAAAAGUGAAAAAAAAAAAUUAACAUUUUCAUAAUUCAAGUUAACAUUCAUUGAGUAAUAGACUUUGAUUUCACAAUUUCAAUUUUUGUUUCAAGUAUUGUAUUAUUUUCUACUGAAAUAUUUUUAAUAGUGGACUAAUAUAUCACAAGUGUAUGAGCUAUACCUUGUAUGUUCAUAUGUACAUAUAUAUUUGUACAUGUUUGAGCUGUAGUGUAUGUUUGUACAUGUUUCCGAGCUGUACAUGUAUAUACCGAGUACAUUGUAUGAGAUCUUGAAGAGUGUAUAUUUGUACACACCAAUGAGGUGUACAGUGUAUGUUUGUACGUGUUUGUGAGCAGUACAUGUAUGUACCGGGUACAUUGUAGAGUGUAUAUUUGUACACACCAUUGAGGCGUACAGAGUAUGUUUUUUAUGUAUGUGUAUUUUACAGAGAGUAAGUUUGUAUAUGUGUUCAUGAGCUAUUGUUUGCUCCAUACUUGUAUAUAGUAUCAUUGUAAACCAUCAAAUUUAGAAAUGCAUGUAAUCUCAUUCUCAGUUCAUCAUUAAAAUUGCAGAGAAAACUGACAGUUUGAAAUCAAAUUACUUACAAAUAAAGAGAUUUAGGUUGAGUGGUAUUAAACAUAGGCGUCAUGCCUCUUAUUUUCAAAUGUCAAUGAUUCUUCCUAGUUAUAGACUCAGGGAGACAAUCAAAUGAACUGUUUUAUAUGCUCCAUGUUUAAUAGGGAGGAAACUUGAAUUGGGAGGGAAAAUCCUUCACAUUUCUAGACUAGUUAUAAACUUUUGUAUGGUGUGAAAAUAAAACGUUAAAUCAA